AUGCCUCGCUCUGCCCUGCUAUGCCUCACUCUGCCCUGCUAUGCUAUGCCUCACUCUGCCCUGCCAUGCCUCACUCUGCCCUGCCAUGCCUCGCUCUGCCCUGCUAUGCCUCACUCUGCCCUGCCAUGCCUCGCUCUGCCCUGCCAUACCUCGCUCUGCCCUGCUAUGCCUCGCUCUGCCCUGCUAUGCCUCGCUCUGCCCUGCUAUGCCUCGCUCUUGCCCGCCUCCAUCCGCUUACGGCUGACCGCCUUCAUUGCCACCACUGCUGCUGCUGCAGCAUCCUAUGUCCGUCCUGCUUUGGAGCGAGUUGUCACCAAUCGCAGCCCGUUGCCUCCGCGCUCUCCUGCUCUCACAACUAGUUGCUGGUGCUGCUGGUGUGGGAAGCGGAAGGGUGUGGAGGGAAGUGGGGUGCUGGGCGAAAAGGGUAGGGGCGUGCUGCUGAGCAAGGAGGAGGAAGCGGAAGAGAGUUAA